AUGUCAAACACAAAUUCUGCUGAACCGGAGGCUGCCAAACAAGUAUCGUCGUAUGUGGAGCAGUUUCGAGAUGGUCUCAAACGACUAUCAGCCAAGAAGACGUGCAUAGAAGAAAUGACUUCUUUGGCCGAAAGUGCAACUGAUGAUGCUCCCGUCGUAUGCAAACUUAUUGAAACAAAACUACUAAACUCGCCAAAGGAGUCCAAAGUGUACACAUUCUAUCUUAUCGACAGCAUCAUCAAAAGUUUAUCUACCUACAAUGCUUUGUUUACUCCCCGCAUUUGUGACUUAUUUGUUCAUGCCUACACCACUUGCAGUACCAUGGAUCUUCGUGGGAAGUUAGAGGCAGUUUAUAAUACAUGGAAGAGCGAUGAAUUAGAUCCUUACUUUCCAUGGGACGUAUUGAGAAAGAUUGGUCGAUUCCUUGAACAGGCAUCUCAACUAAGCGAUGAGGAGAGGAAAAAAUCACAGCUAACCCCUGACACAUUAUCAAAUGAGGCGAGACAGCAAUUGCAACACACCAUCUAUUUGGAUCACAAGUUGAGUUUGUUAGAGAAUGACUUGGAGGACCUUACCGAGAGAGAACUUAAUCUAUACAAGUAUUUCCAAAGGGAAAGGAACGGUUUAGUUAUGCGGAUCAAUGAUGUUUUGGACUCAAUUCAAGAUGACAUGAGACCCAAAUACAUGGGCGAGAAUAUCACCCACGCGUUCGUGCAACAACCAGACGAGUUCAGGCUUCAUGCUCCAAGCUAUGGUGAAGAAUUGGUCAAGAUAAAAAGGGACUUGGAUAGACUCAACCAACGCCAGGACGAAUUCGUAGGAGAUAUCAGAACUCAUGUCAAUACACUAAAGCAAGAUCGGAUUAGAAAGGAUACUAUCAGACAGAGGAAGAUGAAGAUUGAAAAUUUCUUGAAAGAAAAUUGUGUCAUUCUCAAUCUUACUCCGAAAACUGAGUUUUUCCCAGGCUCUUCUAUAAACGCAGAUUUUGCUAGUGUUAUAAAAAAUUUCGGAAAGCGAGCUAUUGACAAAGAUUCAGUUCGCAGAAUAACAAGUUGUAAAGAUGUUGAGGAAGUUAGACAACCAGCACCACGCUGGGGUCCUAUUGGUUCAAAGGAAAAUGUCGUUACAAUCAGGAAAGAGUCCUCGAGUGAGCCCUUGAGGGCAACACAAGGUGAUGACAUGUUGGGGUUGUUUGGUGGUUCUGGUAGCAUGUUGUUUGGUAAACGUGAAGCGGGAAAUACAAAACCAAGUGCCAAUGAAAGCUCGUUAUUUGGGCACAAGGAUGAUGGAACAAACGAAAAAGAUACAUCCAGCAAUUAUGAUCAUGAUCCGCGUGCCGAGAGGCCAGAUUCACCACGUUUAGUGGAAUCAAGAAAUAUCGAGGCGCGUGGUGAUGUCGAAGCUGAUAGUGAUGUUGAAAUUGAAUCUGUGAUUUCUUAUGAUGGUACCGAUGAAAAUGCAAACCUACAAGAGCACAAUUUACAACAGGAGCUACCUGUUGCUACGAAAGAUUCAAAAGAGAACACGGGAUCCAUUGUUGAUACUUAUACGGAUAGGGUGUCCUAUGAGCCAACGCUCCUUGCAUCUGGCCAUGUAAAACCGCGGUCACCCAGCAUCGUGAACCGAACAGAGAAUGGGACAAGCACACCUUCAAAUUCGGCGUCGACUGAAUCACUCGAGAAGUUUAGGGCUGAAGUGGGUAAAAAUAAUGGAGCCGCUGACUCGAGUGGCUUACCCAAAGAUUGCGACCCCGACGCUACAAUGAAUGACUCAAAACCUGCAUCUGAUCAAAGUGUAGGUAAGCUGAUUUUAACUAACGAUAAGGAAAACGAGAGAUCCGCAAAUUUGUUGUGGUCCAGUGAAACCAUUGGAACUGUUGUGCAUGAUAGAAAUUACAAUUUGAACGGGCAAGACACAUUGAUGCAAGAGGUUGUGAAUGAUUUUAAAAAUCCUGAAAGUGUUUUCAAUGCGCCUACAAAAUCAUCUCUGCCAAAUGUUGAGGAUGACGCAGAUAUUCCUGAGAGCGUCUUUAAUGAGCCAACUAAACCACUAAUUUCAACUCACAAAACAACGAAAAACACAACCCAUGAAACGAGGUCGCAAGUCGACGACCUUGAUGACGAUGAACAACGUGAAACGAUCGAAGAAAAGGAUAUUCAGCACGGUAGUCACUCAUUGGAUGUGUCAAUGUUGCAGGCUGGAAAGGAGUCAAAUUCGUAUUAUUGCCAAUCAAGCGAAAGACGGAAUGAGGAUUUCAAUGAAGAUCGCAGUCUCACAACAAUUCAACUAUCGAGUGGUGCAUUCAACAACAUACGAGCAAACACUGAACACACACCACAAGCUAACGUAGAAAAACCAUUGCGCACAAGCUUAGAACAACCGUCAUCACAAGAAAACCUAAAGCAACCGCGAUCUCAAACAGCGGCAUCAGAGCUCUCUGAUGGAAGACAAGAUUCAGAUGUAUCUAUGGUCGAGCUCGAUCAUUACAAGACUCCAAUUCAAGCGCCAGAGCCUUCAAUCCAACUAGAUUCACCGUAUGAUUCAAACUCACCAUUUACUAAAUAUAUACCACCAACACCGCCUCCACCACGUGUACCACCUCAAAAACUUGACUCAAAUUCAGAUCCUGCACCUGCAAGCUCAACAUCGGAAUCUAAUAUGCCAUUGAUUGGCUUUAAACCACCCACACCACCCAAUAUAUCUCAUGCCCAUGUUAGACCACCAACACCACCCAAUGCAUCACACGCACAAAUGCAGGGGCAGCAGCAACAGCAACAACAUCAGCGUGUCAACCCAUUAAAGAGGUCCAGGUUACCUCCAGGGGAUGAAGAAAGCCCCCAUAAGAGAUUGAAAGCGUCUCAUACAGAACCACAUGCAUCUAUUGAAGCUUAUACACACUCUCCCCCUGCAUUGUUGCAACAAGCAGCUUCAUCAUUUCAGGUUCCACUACCUUCACCACCACCACCACCAAAGGCACCCACUUCUGCACCACCCGCAAGUGAAACAAGCUUAACUGGAGCCGGCGUGGUGAAUAGUCCUGAUCAAAGCCUGACAUCAGGAGUGCCACCACCACCACCGCCCCCAACUAAAAAGCUUAGUCUCAGUGAAUUCAAGUUGAAAAGACAAAAGGCUGAUCUGAAUACUGUUCCAAUUGCACUUUCAUCAGUACUUUCAAAAGCAGAUGUUGCUGGUGGUACAACAGAUGCGACACUGAUUGGUACUGGUACCGACAGUGAACAGCUUCUGUCGAGUCAAGUUGUUGCCAAAUACAGCAACCCUUCUAAAUUAAAAUCAAUUCUUUACGAGCCGGUAGAAGGACAAGUUAGAGCUAAAAAGAGAGUUAGGUGGGAUCCUGUACUACCUGAAAAAUGA